AUGUUCAACCCUGAAGGUUUACAUCUGAUCAUUUGCGUACACGGCUUAGAUGGUAAUGCAGCGGAUCUACGAUUAGUUAAAACUUAUCUGGAGCUAGGUCUACCUGGAGCCAGAUUAGAUUUCCUCAUGUCUGAAAGGAAUCAGGGAGAUACCUUCUCAGAUUUCGACACUAUGACUGAUAGGCUUGUUCAAGAAAUUUUGAACCACAUACAAAAUUCAAGCGAUCCAGCUAGAAUCAGUUUCGUAGGACAUUCGUUGGGCACAAUCAUUAUUAGGACGGCAUUAGCAAGAAAGGAGAUGAAGCCGUUCUUAGGCAAACUGCACACGUUCCUAUCACUAAGCGGUCCCCAUUUGGGAACACUUUAUAACUCGAGUGGCUUGGUGAACGCUGGCAUGUGGUUUAUGCAGAAAUGGAAGAAAUCCGGUUCCCUGCUCCAGUUAUCAUUGAGAGAUGCAUCGGAUCCGCGUCGCUCGUUCCUAUACCGUCUGAGCGAGAGGAGUCAACUGCAUCAGUUUAAGCACAUCCUCCUAUGUGGAUCGGGACAGGACAGAUAUGUGCCUCUACACUCCGCUCGGCUAGAGUUGUGCAAAGCAGCUGCGAAGGAUACUUCGUUACUAGGACAAGCUUAUAGAGAAAUGGUACACAAUAUGGUAUCGCCAUUAGCAGCGCGCGCCUCCACAGUAUCAGUGGUACGUUACGACGUGCAGCACGCGCUACCGCACACCGCCAGCGCACUGGUUGGACGCGCCGCGCAUAUAGCAGCACUAGAUUCCGAUCUUUUCAUUGAGAAAUUUUUGUUAGUAUCAGCACUAAAAUAUUUUCGAUAAGCAACAAUUACAAUAUUGUGGCUUUUCCGCGUAUUUUUUUAUAUAUACAGGAAAAAUUGUAGUUAAUGUACAAAUUUUAAUUUUGUAUUCAUUAUGAUAAAUCUUUCUCAAGUCUUUCUCUUUUUUUAAAUUGCUGACACUGGAUAUUAAAAAUUAAUAACAUGUCAUUAUAUAUACAUUGCUACACAACCACGAUAUAGCUUUUGUCAAUAUACCUGCAGUUGAAAAUGUUAAUUAAUUAAAUUAAAUUCUUAAUUUUCAUAUUUAAAUAAUAGGGGUUAAAGUAUGAAAUUGCCGAUUUGUACUGAAAAUCAAAAUUGUUUAUUUUUUAAUUUUACCAUUAUUAUCUAAACAUUGCUGGCAUCUUAUAGGGAGGUCAUUUAUGCCUUUAUAUAGAACUCUGAGGAUCUAGUCUGCACAAAUUGUAUGAAAGCAUUUUGUACAGCUGGGAAGAAAACUUUUUGUCACAAAAAAAAUGGAGCAAGCAGCAUAUACAAACCGCGGCACAUAAAUUGAACUAUGCACAGUAGCACAUUUUCGGAUCUCAAUAGGGUCAUUGACAGUGGUCAAUAUACUUAUAUUAAAUUAAAGAUUUUCUUUAUUUAUUAGGUUGGUUCUUACUCCUGAUUAAGUACUUUUAUCAGUUAUGUUCAGAUUACAUUUAUUUUUGCAAGAACUAAUCGUUAUUUUUAAAUAUCGUGCCUUGUGAUUUCAGCAAAGAAUCUAACCCAUGUGACGUCAUCAGCGUCAUUGUCAAAACUCGUGAAUCUACAACAAUGAAUUGUGAAAUUAUUAACGUCUAAAAGGUAGUAAAUUAGGUUCAUAAAACGUGUUUAUUAAUUAAUCAAUCACACAAUCGCUAUAUUGCUGUUAAAAUAAGUAGACAAGGGAACGAUGUCAUGUUAAGGGUCCUCCAAAAUAAAAGUCGAUUUGGCGCCGAAAUCAAAAUAAAAUUUUUUAAAUAACAAAGUUUUGGUUUUAAAUUGUGUAAUUAACCUAUAUUUAAAAUAUUUUUGAAAAAUAAGCAAAGGAAAUCGCCAUUUUGGUUUUACUUACGUGCCAGGAAUCAUAUCAGACGAUCGUCUAUAAUUUAUUAACUUUUGACUAAUCCAAUUCAUAGGAACACUUUUGUAUACGCUCCUGGGAAAAAAUCGCUUACAUAACUAGCAAUAUUUUACCGCUUUUAGCGCAUUUCAAGGAGACAAUGAUUUAAAAAUCAUUUUAAUUGCUAUUUACUGCAUUUAAAAUAUAUGACAAAAUAAAUAUGUAAAGUCUGUCUCACGAAAGAAGUCCCGCGGCAUAAUUCACAUUCCUUUGUUAUAAAAUAGAAAACAUUGUGAGUGAUCCAACCGACAGACUGUAAUGUGGUAGUAUUUAAAAGACAUUAGUUCCCGAAAUCAAACUAGAUGUCGCUACGGUAAUUUCUUGAAUUCUCCAUGACAACCCUUGCGGUUUUCUUUAUGUAUAAAGUAAAUUAAUUUUCAAAACUCAAUAAACAACUCAUAUUCUAUUUGAAAUUAUUCGUAUUUGUAUUGAUAUCUAAGUUUCGAACUUUGCAAUUUUUUUAAAUGUAACUCUU